AUGGCGCACGUCUUCUUCCGCCGCAACUACGUCCACGUCCGCGAGCUCAACCUCAGCGAGAUCAACUAUCUCGAGAGUGACCCCGAGCAUCGCCCUCGCGCGAGCCUGAACUACACCCCUGUGCUCGACGACGACUUCCUCGAACUCCUGACCACCGCCUUCAACAAUCAUCCUUCUGCGUCAAGCAUGAUGGCCGAACUGAACUGUACCCGCAUCCGCUUUGUUGGCGGUCUCCCCAGAGGCUUUGCUUGCUUCCAGGCUCUGAGAAGGGAAGGCAAACAUGCCGACAGAUACAUCUAUGGCCACCACGAGAGCACGAGAAACAAGUUUGGAACAGACAAGACGUUCAAGUCGCUCAAGCAGUUUGUUCCUCAUGUCUUUUGGAUCAUUGUGGAUCAGCCUCUUGCCGACAAUCGUCCUAGAGGUUGUUUGUGCAAACUGUGUGCUGAGCAAAACUACAGACUCUGA